GCGCGGCGGCGCGCUGGAACAGCUGCUCCGCGACUUGCGCGCGGUGCUGAACAGGGACGGUCCUGAGCUCGCGGCCACCGGGGACGACCUUGAGAGGAUUUUGAGGGCCUUCAGGCAGGGCGGCAUCCGGGACCUCGUCGACGCGGGCGACCUGCGUUACUCCCGGGUCGUCGCGGCGCUGGGGGAGGCCAGGCUGUGGGCGCAGGCCCUGGAGCUCUUCGGCCUGAUGCGCGGCGCCCGCGUCGAGCCGGGCACCACCAGCCUCCUGCGGACGCUGGUGGCGUGCCAGAGCGGCAGCGCGUGGGAGGAGUCCGUCGCCCUCCUCGCGCGCAACUCCCGGGGCGGCGGCAGGCCAGACCACCGCCUGAGCGGCAGCGCCAUUGCGGCCUGCGCGGCCGGCACGCAGUGGCGGGGGGCGCUGCUCUCUUGGCAGCACCUCAGGCAGCGGCCUGCCCGGUGCAUCCCAGAGGAGGCCCUCGCGGACGCCACGUGCGCGGCCGCUGUCGGCCAGCAGUGGAGGUCCGCCCUGCGCCUGAUCGCGGACGGGCGGCUGCGCCGGGUCCACCUGGAGGCCCAUCAGACGUACCUCGCGGUGGUCAGCGCCUGCGCGAAGGGCGGCCUCUGGCGCAGCGCGCUGCAGCUGCUCGGGGAGGUGCGCGCUCUGCGCGUGGAGCCGCUCAGUGAGGCGAUCUGCAUCGCCGCCCUCCGCGCCUGCGAGGCCGCAGGCAGCUGGGAAGCCGCCCUGCGUCUACUUCACGAUCUGCCCGCGCUCGGCUCCGCCCCGUCCGUCGCCGCCUUCACGUGCACCAUCGGCGCGUGCGCGAAGGGCAUGCAGUGGGACUGGGCGUUGUACCUGCUUCUGCAAAUGCGCCUGCGCGGACACUGGCCGAACGAAUAUACGUUCAACGCCGUGAUCCUCGCCUGCGAGAGGGGCAGGAAGUGGGAGUUUGCCCUUCACGUCGUGGCGGAGAUGAGGCUCUGCUUCCGGGACCCGGACCUGAUCACGUACACCUCCGCGGUGACCGCCUGCAGGCGCGGGGCCAACUGGCGCAAGGCGCUCGCCAUCCUCGGCGAGCUCGCCGCCCGCGGCCUGCGGGCGGACACCAAGGCAGUCGGCGCCGUGGCCAGCUCUCUCGACGCGGAGUGGCGUCGCGCGCUCGGGCUGCUGCUGGCAUCCGUCGACCACAGCUUGCUGCCAGACGUCAUCACGUACGGUGCCGUUGCGAGCGCCUGCGAGAAGGCCGCGAAGUUGGCCAGGAGGGAGUCCCUGGCUCGGUUGCCGCUCUGGCCGCGCGGCCUGCAGCUGCUGCGGGACGCGGGCUGCCAGGGGUUGCGGAUCGACGCUGUGCUGUGCCAUGCCGCCGCCAGCGCCUGCGAGCGCAGUGGGCAGUGGAGCCAGGUGCUCUCCUGCCUGGCGGCGAUGCGGUGGCGGGGCCUCGAGCCCGGGCCGGUCGCCUUCAACGUGGCCUCGAGCGCCUGCCGGCAGGAGCUCCGCUGGCGGUGGUCGCUGCGGGUGCUGCACUCCAUAGAGGUCGCCGGGCUCGGGUUUUCCCCGGUUGCGCACGAUGCCGCCGUCGCGGCUUGCGACGACAGCGGCGAGGGCGCCCCGCUGCCGCGGCUGCUCGACGGCGUGCGUCGCAGCCUGCGGGGGUCGGGCGGGAGCGGGAACCCGAGGGACACCGACUGCCGCACGGCCACCGAGGCGCUGGAGGCGCUGGCCGAGCACGACCGCCUGGACGGGAAGGCCGUCCAGAGCCUCCGCUGGCGCGUCUACGCCCCCGUCCUGGCAGGCCUCCGCGCCUGCGCGCGGGCCGGCGAGCGGCGUGGCCGCGGCGACGAGCGGCGACUCUCGAGGAUGCCGUCCCUCGGCCACUUCCUGGCCAGCGCGGCCUGCGCGGACCUGCGGCUUGCGCGCGCGGGCGCGGGCGCGGCCGCGCCGUGGAACUCGGAGGCGCGGCUGGCGCUGAGGAGGGUCACGCACGCGAGCGCGGGAGAUCCAGGAGAGCGUGAGGCGUGGUCGGCGCCCACUGCCACCUCCACCGCCGCCUGGGUCAGCCAGAGGGCCACUGGCCCGGGCGCGGCGCCGCCGCCCAGCGGCGAGGUCUACGGCCGUGCGGUCGGCUUCGGGCAGGGGAUGCCCAGCUGGGCCGACCGCGGCCGGCGGCCGCUGCGCCCCGUCUUCUUCGCGCACGACCGCUCGGCGCACGCGGAGAGGCUGGCGCUGCUGGAGCUCCUGAGGGCGCGGCGGCGGCCUUCCGGCCCCGCUCCUGCCCGCUCCCGCGAUGUCCAGGCCUCCCCGACUCUGUGGCCCGAUUUGAUGGGCCUCUUUUUUCCACCACCACCACCAUGA